CCAUGUUAAAUAAGUAUUUGGAUGCUAUAACGUUAGCGCGGCACAGUUUCUUACGCGCGGUCGAGCUGACUCGCCGCUGAAAAUAUCGCCACAGCUGCGGCGCUCGAUUCGGCCGCCGCACCCAAAAAAAUCGCGCCACAGCCUCUCCUCCUUCUUCCCGUCCGCGCGCCGCCCAGCCUCCUUCCUCCCGUCCGCGCCGCCCAGGUAUUUUUUCAGCGAGAACAGUCAUCUUCUCCUUUAAGUGCAAGCAUCUCAAUGACAAGUGUUUCAAAUUCUAUUUCCAUUGGUCUUCCUAGCUAUGGGCUAUUUGCAGAGACAGGGUUUAUAUCGCAGAGCUAUAGGAAGUUCCCACGGAGAUCCUCUUAUAAAUAUCUCAGAAUCCGUGCAGUGCAAGGAAAUGAUGGGCGUCGAAGGCUGGUUGACAUCAUCCGAAUCAUCCCAGAACUGUCAAUAAACUAUUUCAGAAGCCGGUCAAGAAGAGCCCUUUUUGGUGGCAUCUCUCUUCUGGGCGGCUUUUAUGUCGCUCAGACAAUCUCUCUGUCCUUUGGUGUACUGGCUGUGAAUGAUGUUAUAGCCGCAGUUGUUUGCGUGCUGCUGACAGAGUAUGUGACUAAGUUCUAUUACAGCCGGCCAAAGGUUACAUUUCCCAUUGCGCUCCUCAACAAUUUCAAGAUGGGUUUCACAUAUGGCCUAUUUAUCGAUGCCUUCAAGCUUGCUAGCUGAGCUGCAUUACCUCCUGCUUGGCUGCUUCUCACACCCUUGAUCACCGCACACAUGGCAGUUAUAUGGCAUAUACAGUAUGGUUGUAUUGCAGGGACCUUUAGCUUUCUUCUAUGUGAAGAUUGACCCACUACUGGUAGUCUCGUCAGGACUGCUGGAACAGAUGGCACAUGGAAUCAUGUCUUUGUUACUGCUCUUUGUUAAUCAAUGUAUGACGUACACUUACCUUUGUUACUGCUCUUUGCCCGGAAAUCGAUUCAAUGAAUCAGUGUAUCUGUUGUGUAGUUA